UUAAUAAAUGAACUUACUUCUCAAAGGUGAUAAGGUAAAAAAUCAUAAUAAAGCUAAUUAAUAAGUUAUUAGGGUUAUUCACGUUUGAUUGGACAACAAACUAACAAAAGCGACUACUGGUGUACUUAUUCAAAAGCCUGAUUGAGUAACAGACCACAUCGCGUUCACUCAGCGAGAGGAAAAACGUGCAACUGGAAACAUACGACUAGAAUCAGACUGAGCCCAUUUGAUGGAGACGCGGGCGCGCGCACAGGCAGGCUAAUUCACUCGCAUCAGUUCCAGCCCGCAGACUCAAGCUGCACUGCACACAGCAACAACCCGCGGGAACCUGCUGCUGCAAACAAACUCUCGGACUGCACUUUAUCUAGACUGGAAAUUUGGUCAAUUAAAAGUUAGAUAGCUCUUUUAACGGUAUUAGUUGCAGAUAGAUAAAUAGGCUAGAUACAUAGACCUCGAGCACAUGGAUAAUCUCCUCUUUGGAGACUUUUCAUUUUUCUGAGGAAAAUUACAGACAUUCAUCCUUGUGCGGCAAGAAAGGAGUUAUUUUCUCUAUAUCACAUGGAAAACAAUGAAUCAGGCAGUGAUGCGCCGGUGUGCGCGGGCUGCGGCGCACUGAUCUCAGAUCGGUUCUACCUGCUCGCGGCUGAAAGGCGCUGGCACGAGCGCUGUUUAAAGUGCAGCGCAUGUCAAACUGACCUGGAGUCAGAGCUCACCUGCUUCAGCAAACACGGAGACAUUUACUGUAAGGAGGACUAUUACAGUAGGAGGUUUUCUUCGCAGAGAUGUGCGCGGUGCCACCUGGGAAUCUCUGCCACAGAGAUAGUGAUGCGCGCCAGGGAUCUGGUCUACCACCUGAGCUGCUUCUCUUGUGCCACCUGCCAUAAAGUGCUGCUCACCGGAGAUCACUACGGGAUGAAGGAGACGUCUGUGUACUGUCGAGCACACAUCCAGAGAGAAUGUCAUGCAGAUUUGUAUUAUUCAGACAUGUCUUCUAGAGAGACAAAUUCUGAGAGUCACACAUAUGAUGAAGAAAGCCCCGUGCACAGAGCACGAGUCCGGAGGAGGAAAAAUAACAGUACAGCUGAUCAUAUUGCAUAUAGUUCAGAUGUGAGUGAUUUGGGUGUGGAUCUGUCGGAAAGAGUGAGCUGUCAAAAGUCCAAACGCAUGAGAACGUCGUUCAAGCAUCACCAGCUGAGAAGCAUGCAGUCCUUCUUCACACACAACCACAAUCCAGAUGCCAAAGACCUCAAAGAGCUCGCCCAGAAAACUGGCCUCACCAAACGUGUGCUCCAGGUUUGGUUCCAGAAUGCCCGUGCAAAAUUCAGAAGAAACUGUCUAUAUCAGGAGAGCAUUGGGGUGGACAAUGUUUCAGACAAUUCCACCCUCACGUCUCCAUCUGUGCCUUCACCUGAGCUGUGCCACGGAUCCAUGAGCCCGUCCAGCCCCAGCGGGACCUCGCCAUCCCAACACACACCAUCAGCCGCUCGCAACACACACUCUCCUGUCUUCUCUGGCUUCCUCCUAAAAACAGCUUUUGAUUAUUAGUAUAUCAGCAUAUUGGCCAAGUCAAUUGAGCUUUAUUGUCAUUCCUACAUGUGAAAAUGUGUCUCACAGGAAUUUGAAGCUGCAUAAUUAAACAUAAUCAUAAUUAUAAACACUCUGUGCCAUUAGCCUAGUGGUUAAGACAUAUAGCAUCAUGGUGCUCACGGCGAUCCGAGUUCGAUUCCCAGCUCGAGGUCCUUUGCCGACCCUUCCCCUCUCUCUGCUCCCAACUAUUUCCUGUCAAUUUUCUGCACUAUUCUAUCCAUUAAAGGUUAAAAAACCCUAAAAAAAAAAUUAUAUAAUAUAAUUAUAAACACAACUCUGGAAGUAAGAGCAAUUUUUAAACCUGUACAUAACUAAAAUACUGGAGCUGUAAACCAACUAUAAACUGUAUAAAUAGUUAAUUAUACACAUAACCUAAGACAGUGUUUCUCAACUGGUGGGUCGCGGAGUAUGUGGUAAAAA